AUGCUCAAUACCAUGACCCAAGUUGUCAUAGUUCGGUUCGACUCAUCCCUAAUUAUUGCUAUUUGUGGCCCACGUGACGUGUUCUUUCAAGAACAUGAGAAUAAGAAUGAGGUGAAGAUAGAACUGAGUGAGAACAAUGAAAAUAAUGCUAGUGCAGAGAAUAGUAAUACUAGCAAUGAGAGCAACACCAAGCAAUUUGAGGAUAACCCGGCUGAUUUACCUGAGGAAGUAACAAAAGGGGACAACAAUGUGAGUUUAGCUUCUCAAGAAGAAAAAAUUUCUAAUUCCCAGGAGAACUCAGAUAUUCCAGAGAAAACCACCGAAAAAACAAUAGAGGAAAUUCAAGAGAAGCUUGAAAAGAAGAAUGAAGAAGAGAAUAAAUCAGAAGAUGCAUCAGAAAAUGAGAUGGAAAAUUUAGAAGAGAAAAAGGAAAAUGGAGGAUCAAAUCUUGAGAAGAAGGAUUCUGAAGCUGGAGGUGAAAGUAAUUUUGGUAAACAAGGAGAUUCUGAGGAGGGCCUAAUUGGAGAUAAAUCAAAUUUGGAUGAAGGGUUGGAGAAAUCGGAGGAGAAAUCAGGAAAUGAUCAGAUAGAGGAGAAUGUGGAGCAAAAGGAAGAUAAUGAGUCAGAUUCAAAUUUCACUGAGAAAAAGGAGGAUGACAAGACCAAAGAUCAGGCUUUACUGUUACGCUUUGCUUGA